CUUGAACGGAGAGGGUCGCCAGUUCGUGACUUCCGCGCUGUCUACGCUCUCUGCGCCCUCCACGCACCUCUCCCCGGCUGAAUCCAGAAGACACCACGAGUGCCGUUCGUCGGGAGGCUGUCUACCUCUAGUCACGAACUAUCAGCCCCUAUCAACACCCUUCGACGGUGACUGUUGAAUUUUCCGGGGAUUUCUGCCUCCCCCGAGACGCUUCCUCUUCCUCUUCAGGGUGCGGCUUGUCAACGACGGCGCAGCGAGGGGUUGAUCGUUUCCCAGGAGUACUGAGAGGAUGUGAAGGGGGGUUACAGUGCAUGCCGACGAAACAUCGCGGCUGCCCACACUCGACGUAAUCACGAGCACGUGGCGAGACGUCAAGCGGGCGCUGAGCCUGCUGUGCUUGCGGACGGUCUCGAGGAGUGCCGCGAUGUUGGAGGCACCUCCUGGGAGCCGCGAAGACCUGGUGGAGGCUGCGAGGACUCCCUGCACACCUACAGAUCUGGACACGAUGCUUUACGGAUACACCAACGGGAUAUACGUGCUGGACCACAGCCCGGAAUCGCUGCCGGACAUAGACAUGCUGCAGCUGUUCGCAUCCCCAGCGGGUAGAGCUCUGAUCAGCAGCGAGAACCAACCGAGAGGGUCGACGUCGACGUCCUCCCUGUCUCGGGAAAGCUCUUCGAGGCUGAAGAACAGCAGGAGGACCUCGGGAACGGGCACCGUCAGCGCCCCGACAUCUCCUCCAAGGCAGCGCAAGUCCAGCACCGAGCUUUACAAGGAAGCAGCCGAAAUUCUGGGCUUGACAUGUUCCCUGAGCGACAGCUGUCGCUGCAUCGACUGUCAGAGCAACUACUUCGACUGCGACGACGACUGCGGAGACGCCAGAACGGAAUUGGCUGCCGGCACUCCCAUUCUGCUGGACCACGCUUUAUCGCAUCACCUAACGUGCUCCAUACAGUAGCGGGCGACGUAAAACCUGACUGUAAAACGCGGCUUACGGGAGAGGAAAGGAGGUCCGAGCGCGGGGAAGUCGUGGAGGAGCGAAACUGCCGUGGACCCGCUGCUGGAACAGAGAAAAUCCGGAUGAACUACCGUCUAGGUGGAAGCGGAGGUGCUGGCGAACCUCGGGAAGAGGGUUUUGUCGGGCAGCCAGUAGGGGCAUGUAGAAUCAAACCGAAGGAGGGCAACGCGGCAACGCACCAUCGAUCCAUCCAUCCAUCCACCGUGGAGCUGGUCCAGGGGUGCCGAUCCCGGAGCCAAGUCCCAGCCCGACUGGCCAGAUCCUCCCAGUCUUCCUUCUAGGUGGUCCUUUGCCGAUGUACCGACCAUCUUUAUUUCGACUCGACCCCCGGGGGUGGCCUGGAUCCCUGCAACGGCGAAACGAGCUCGGCCUGGAACGAGGAGCAAUACCGUAAACGUUACGCUCCCGUAAAGUCAGGGCGACAGCGGUGUGUGGUUUGCGCGAUCUCGGAGCCGGAGGAAAGGAGAAAAAAAAGGAUAGGGGGAAAAGAGAAGACUCCGGGAAGUCGGUAAAGGUCAUAACUUACGCGUCAAGUUGUAACCGCGGCUCCGAGUUUCCGGCCGGGAUCCGGGACUCCCCGUGAGUAGGAAGUUGCGAGCGGUGAGAUUACUAUCCCGUGUUGAAAAAGGUCGGGCUAUCGAUUCCGGAAGUAAUAACCUCCCGCGGGCUCCUCGCGGUGUAAUAACAAUCGGAAAGUUCCUCCGGUUAUUUUUCUCCGGGCCGAAACGAGUUCAUCUCCGGGAUCGACGACUCGACGAGUACUAAACGCGAGCGUGGAGACUCCUGCGGAAGGUAUCGACUUGGAUCGGAUCGAAUGGACCUUUGAUGACACUUUUCGACGAUCGAAUCGCUUCUACCGGGACGUGCUUUGAAACUUUUCAAGGCACCUUUUCCCACCGUGCGUUUAAUCGGCAAUUCCUAGUCGAGUCGUCAAGAACCGAUUUUAAUCAAACUCGUCGCCGAAGAAGGAGAUGUACAUUAAAGGAUUUCUUUUUAUCCUUGCCGAGUCGUUACUUACAUCACCUACCGUAUAAUUUACCGUAUUAGUUUCUCACGCUCGAGAACGGAAGCGCGACGAUUUUUUCUUUUUUUUUUUUUCUUUCUCAAGGUAAAGUGGGAUUUUCGAGAUGGACAUUUGGAUGGUAAUCUUUGUCUGGAAAUCGAUGCAGGCUCGUCAGAGGACGUUUCCGUCUCCCGGGAUUUUCGCGACGAUAUUUAGUCAAUGUUCACGUAAAACUCGAGUUUUCUGCCGUAGAUCAGCCGAUGCGUCGAUCGGCUAUGCGAGCUAGUUCCUAAGUUAGAGUAAUCCACUUCUCGAGAUUAUUCGCUUGUCCGAAAGUCCAUAGCCGAGUUCUCCGCGACUGGACUUAAUCUAGAGUUCGAAGGCCAUACGCAACUCGCGGUUAGUCGCUCCUAAAACCGUAGAAUCCUCCGAAAAGCUCGAGUCACCCGAGAAGCGAACCACGCAACUGCUUUACCGAUGCAGAGACCACUCGGUAGACCCGCGACCGAGUUCCGAAUUCGUUCGCAGUGUGUUCGCCGCGGAAAGAAGGGAAGGAAAAACCGAGAAAACGAGGAAAACAUUUCUCUCCCCUUUUAUACAUACGCAUUCAGCCAUCUCGCAGUAUGAAAGAAAUAUAAGUAGGGAAAUCGCUUACGGAGCGAUACGCGGUAGCGUCGAAUGACGCCACAAAAGGUGCAUUUAAUUCUGGAAAUGAUGCGAGAGGGCGGCACAGAAGUCGCUUCGUGAGCAAUCUCCGGUCUCAUCUCCGUGGUGCUUUGCAGCAAGAAACUCAGUCGGCACUGUAUAAUUCCAUUUAAUACCCGGAAAGUAAUUUCCAUUAAGUAUAAAAAAAUCCCAGGAGGCAUGCGAUGCUAUGAGUAAAUUAAAGAAACCCCGCCAUUCCUAAACAAUCGAAUUUGGAACGGUUUUAUUAGCGAAAUAUUAUUUCCAGGGAAUAAUUAUACAGGGUACGCGAUCGAUUUUUUCUGCUGAAAAGCACCUCGCAUGAAAUCGAUUUUAGCCGCUUGGCUCGAAUUCGACGAAUUUAUCCAUUUAUCCAUCGACCCGAAUCAUCGGCAAAUUUUGUCAUUUCAUGUCGGUGUUUACAAUAGUUUUGGACGGGUGUCGCGUGGCCGGUGAUAACGGUCGGCUAUCGGCUCCGCGGGAAGUACAUUAUAUACAUGUACAUUGUAUUUACUACACGUUUUACUAUUGCAGAACUACAUCCACUAACUCGUCGACACGGGUUAUUGGUAGUCUGUCGGCCCGUGACGACGGAAAGUUCGGUUUUAUAAGCUACUUCAACGACGCGUCCACCUCGCCGGUCGGAGCGAAUGGAUAAUAGGUAUAAGGAGUACGCAUUAGUUUACGAUAAAUGUAACGACAAACGAACUUAGGCCUGAGCUGCGAGCCCUGGAAAAAAAAAGCGCACGAUCGGACGCGAGGAGAGCGACCACUGAAUUUCUCGCCCGUUAAUAAGCCGACUCUCCCUCGAAUCUCCUCCAACUCUCGGUGGAAGUGCAAGUGCCAAAAAUCGACCCGAUUGUGCGAACUUAUAGCUGUUACGAAACGAAAGACACCUGUACCGUGCUGCUAGACUUAGCGAACGUUAAAUAAACUGAAUUCUUUCGCA